AUGAAUACAAUUGAGGAUCUUUUGCAUUUUAUAGACUUCUUUGAUCUAGACAGCACAGCUCAACUAGAACCCGAGGUUCAAUUCACUGAGGAAUUAUCACCCUUUUCAGAAACAUUCUACCUUGAUGAUACCCCAGUACCGUUAGAUUCUCAACAAAGAGUACAAAGAUCUCACAGGUACAGAACAAGAGAGGAUCCUUACAGGGACGAGAUAUUAUUACGCACACCUCCGGGACUCCCGCAAUCAUCCUUAACUCCAUUACAACAUGCUCUUAUUGAAGCAUUAUGGGGCCCCCAAGGUUUCAGAAGAGUAUUCUGA